GCGCCCGCCGCCGCGCCGCCGCAGCUGCGCCUCUUCUGCCGGAUGUACGCGGCGCAGCAGCUACUCAUGUGCGGCGCGCUCUCGCACGCGCAAGCGUCGCUCGCCGAGCCGGCGGCCUCCGUGCUGCAGCUGCCCGCCUCCCCGCCGCUGCUGCUCGCGCCGUUCCUCCUCCUCCUCUUCUGCGCGCCGUCGGCGCGGCUGCUCGCGCUGAGCCUGGCGCUGAGCCUUGGCAUCAUCCUGCGCAAGAUGCCCUUUUACGUGGUCUUCUAUGCGUGCACCGCGCUGUGGAAGGUCAACGCCGCCUUCCUCGACGCCUCCGUCUCGUGCGCGCCCAUCUUCUUCGCGCAGCUCCUCGAUGCCUAUGACAUGAUGGCCAGCACCAUGUUCGCCAACCUGCGAGUCUACUCGGGCUCCAACCACGGCAUCCUCCCCACCGGCCUCCUCUUCGGAGCUCUGCCCGCCCUCGACGGCGGCGCCGCCGCGUGGGUGACGCACCUCCUCUCGCCGACGGCGCGCCGCCACUUGCUCGCGAGCGGGCACAGCGCGCGGCAGUUCGGCCCGUACAUGGCGCGCGUGCUCGGGCCACAGGCCCUGCGAAGGCUGCUUGCCGAAGCGCGCGCGGCGGGCGAGGCCUUCGACUUGACGUAUCGGCGGCGCGAGUCCCCCGACGGGCGGUGGCGGCGCGUGCGGUACGCGCGCCGCCGCGACGGCCGCGAGACGUGCGUUGCGCUCGGCCGGUGGCCCAAGGGCAGCAGGUGCAAGGCCGAGGAGCGUGCCUUGCUGACGACCGCGCCGCCGGCGUGGGCGAUGAAGCUACUGCUCUUCUUUCCGUUCCCGGUGCGGCUCGAGGAGAAGAUGGGCGUCGAGAGUAAGGAGCUUGGCUGUGUUUGCUAG